AAUAUUAAUUCUUGAAGAAUAGAGCGACAGCAUAAUCAAAAUGAAAAGUUUCGUUCAGGCUUUUGUCCUCUUGGCCUUGGCUUCCUCAUUUGCCUCCGCUUUUGACCCCAGUCCUCUUCAGGACUUCUGUGUAGCCAUCGAUGAGCCAAAGAACGCUGUGUUUGUGAAUGGGAAGUUCUGCAAGGACCCCAAGCUCGCCAAAGCUGGGGACUUCUACUUUUCAGUUAAAAUGCCUGGAGACACAAACAAUCCAGUUGGUUCAAAUGUUAGCGCUGUGAAUGUCGAUCAAAUUCCAGGACUUAACACUCUUGGCAUUUCAGCUGCCCGUAUUGACUUUGCUCCUUAUGGCCAAAACCCACCUCACACUCACCCUCGUGCCACUGAGAUUCUUGUAGUUCUGGAGGGUACUCUUCUUGUUGGUUUCGUUACAUCCAAUCCUAAUAACACACUUAUUAGCAAAGUUCUUAACAAGGGUGACGUGUUCGUCUUCCCCAUUGGUCUCGUUCACUUUCAAUUCAAUAUCGGAAAAACAAAUGCUCUUGCCUUUGCUGGUUUGAGCAGCCAGAACCCCGGUGUCAUUACUAUUGCCGACGCUGUGUUUGGGUCAAAUCCUCCAAUUAAUCCAGGUUUUCUUGCCAAGGCUUUCAUGUUGGACGUAAAAGUGGUGAAAGAUCUCCAGGCGAAAUUCUAGAUGGAUGAUUAGAGAAAUGUGUCAAAUACAGUGAAUUAGUUUCUACAAUUUGAAUAACGCUUGCCUAUUUUAUUGUUACAAUGUUGUAAUAAAUGGUUACACAUUUAAAUGUGCCUCCACCCAAUUUGUUUGUUUCAGUUAAUGAUAUAAUAUUUUUCUUAUUA